AUGUGGCCAGUGUUAAUUGUCUUGGAGCUGGUCAGCAUUGUGGCUGCCAACGAUUUCGCAUUUGUGGCGCCCAGCUGGCAAAAUUUGGAACUCAGCGCUGGGCAGACGCGAAUCACCCCAGUUGUCCCAGAGGUGAACAAUGGAUUUCCGAAGCAGGCCAAAAGCGGUACAGCGAGCAGCGCUGCCUUCCUUCUGGGAGCUUCGGCGUUGCUCAUAGCGCUGAACCGACGACAAACGCGGAAUGUGUCGAGGAACGUGUGGAAUUUUUUCCCCAUGAACAAGGAGAAGCAAUGGCCUGGUCUCGGUGAGGAUGCCACUGGAUCCAGUUGGAGAUCACAUAUGAACCUGCGACGCCAUGCCAAGCUGAUGAUGGGCAGAAAGAUCAGGUACAUGAAGCAGCAAAAGGUUUUGCGCGACCAUGACGUUUGGUGGGCAACCUACGAUAAGUUCAAGGUUUGGAAUCCAAAUCCCAAGGCUCGCCAGAUGUACAUGGGACCGGAGUCGCACCCAGACAAUCCAGAUUUCCCUCGACCAAACAGCGGGCUGCCGGCUCUGGGUGGUUGGUCACCUGCGCCCAUGGCGGCCUCCACGGGUCGCUUGGGUGGUUCCAGGCUGGCGGGGGCGUUCAGCUCUGCCAAGCGAGCAGUCUUCAGCUCCCCUAGGGUGCGCUCUGCUCUGGUUCGACACGCCCACAAGAAGGCGGCUGCCAGCACAAAGAAUCAAGGCUACUCUUCCAGACCCAAGUGGUGGGGUGUGAAAGCUUUGAAUGGCAAGGCGGUCAAGACCCGUCAGCUGCUGGUGAAGCAGAAGGGCAUGAACUGGUACCCAGGUAAUAAUGUGACGGUGACAAAGAGUGGCGCCUUGAUGUCCUUGAAGGACGGCAUUGUCCAGUGGCGCGGCACCUACCGGCACAAGGAGGUGAGCGUGGUGCCCUGGGAGUACGUCCGUGCCAAAUGCCGCUGGCACAAUGAUGGAAACUUGGCUCCUCAGGAAUACUUGCCAUGGAUGGGUCGCAGAAACGAGGUCCUCAGUGGGAUGUACGAUGAAUGGGCGGAGACCACAGAGGGAAAGGCAUGGCUAGAGAAGAAGGCUGAGAAGAAGGCGAAGCAGAAGGAGAUUCAAGCGAAGAUCAGGCUGACCUUGAACAGGGAGAGCUUUGUGUCAGCCUUCGAUUUGGGUUUCUUCGAAGAUUUGGCCAAGAAGCAGUGGCGCUUCAAGGAGCAAAAGACCAAGGACAAGGAAGUGAGUCCCGAGCGCUUGUCAUCACAUCCCUUGAAGAAGGGGAAUCCUCGUGAUCACUGGCGACUGGAACAUGUGGAGCAAAAGGUUCUCGAGUCGGGACUUGUGGCCCUCCAGAGCCAGCUCACUGCCUCUCCAUCAAAGAGCCCCGCGGCAAGACAGGGUUCUGCCGUGUUGCGGGCAUCCUUCUUCGAACGCUUGUUGGAGGGUCACGUUGAGCUGAAGGCUUGCCCUGCGAAUGAUGUCGCAGCUGCCCAAGGUGACUUGAAGAAACUCAACCUGAGCCAGCUCUUAGCGCUGCGGAUUCUGACCAAGGAUUUCCCAACCACCAGUGUUGGUUCUCUGAAGGUUCAUGGACACUUUCUGGCAGCUUUGUCAUCUGAAUUGUUUCAAAAGGUGGGCGCUCGGGCACUGGGUGAAGAGAUCGCCACAAGAAAGCGCUUGGAGCAGAUCGGUGCCCGCCUGGUCUUGUGUCUCGGAGCUGCAGAGCUAUUGGCAGGGGCCAAUCCUGCGCCUCCAUGUCGCUGGUUGACAGCCCUCGAGGAGGAAGACUCAAGUUCCAGUUUUGUGCUGGUGGAUGUGUGCGCACACAGUGCACAGAUCAUGGAAGGCGUUUCCGGAGACUUUGACCAAUAUCGAGGUAUCAACAUUGCACUGGUCAUUGAUUUGGGCUCCAGCUCUUCUUUGAAUUGGGAAGUGAUCACCAUGGAUGCGGCCAAGGAUGACAUUCCAGCCGCAAUGACUGUGCUUCGCCGCCGGCGCAAAGGGACGCGGAGGACCACCGUCGAAGAAACGCCUGAAGACUCCGCUCGACAUUUUCCAUCGCUAGCUUUCGCUACCGAAGAACUUGUGCCAAAGAGCAAGCGAGAGGACAGAGAUGCUGAAGCUUCCAGUACCAAAGGAAUGGAAUGGCCAGCUACCAGCCCUCCCAGGACAGAUGGUGUCGGUGUCGUUGUGGUGGUGGUGGCGGUGUCGUUGUGGUGGUUCUGGUGGUUGUGGUUGUGGUUGUGGUGGUGGUGGUGGUGGUGA